AGGAAAAAUAUUUAAUGAAAAAAUUCAUAGAGACACAUGGUGGCGCUCCAGGAUAAGAUGAAAACAGUGCAUAGCUAGCACUGUGGGCUCCAUUAUUCAGGACAAAAGCAUCCACUCCACUACAGAGGACGACAUUACAGGAGCUUCACCUACAGAGUGGCCUGAAGGAUAUUUUCGAUAUAAAAAUCAGGGCUUUGUCUUUCCUAAUUAAGACCAAACUUAAAUUUUGCCACAAAGGAGAUUGCCUGAAGCAACCAUGGGAAUCAGAAGGGUGCUCAUUCUGCAGAAAAGGCAAGUCUUGCUUUUCUUUGUUUUGCUCGGAUUCUUUCAGGUGAAUACUGAAUCUCUGCACUAUUCUGUAGUGGAGGAAACAGAAAUUGGAUCUUUUGUAGCUAAUGUGGCAAGGGAUCUGGGACUGGGGGUGAAGGAGCUGUCCUCACGGGAGGCUCGGGUAGUGUCUGAUGAUAAUGAAAAGCAUUUGCACCUUAAUUUGCUGACUGGAGAUUUGCUCCUGAAUGAGAAACUGGACAGGGAAGAGCUGUGUGGUUCUGCUGAAUCCUGUGUGCUGCCUUUUCAGGUGGUACUGGAAAACCCUUUGCAGUUUUACCGAGCUGAGCUGCAUGUCAGUGAUAUAAAUGAUCACCCCCCUACAUUCCUGGACAAGGAAAUAACUAUUAAAAUAUCGGAAAGUACUACUAUUGGAGCCACAUUCUUAAUUGAGAAUGCUCAAGAUUUGGAUGUAGGAAGCAACAGUCUCCAGGACUACACCAUUAGCCCCAAUUCUCACUUCUACAUUAAAAUUCGAGACAGCGGUGAUGGAAAGAUAUAUCCAGAAUUGGUUCUAGAUAGAGCAUUAGAUCAUGAGGAAGAAUCUGAGCUCAGAUUGACACUGACAGCACUGGAUGGUGGAUCUCCACCCAGGUCUGGGACAACUUUGGUUCUCAUCAAAGUCUUAGACAUCAAUGAUAAUGCUCCUGAGUUUGCUCAGAGCCUCUAUGAGGUACAGGUCCUGGAAGAUAUGCCCAUUGGCUCCUGUAUUAUCACUAUCUCUGCUAAGGAUGUAGAUAUGGGAAUUUAUGGGAAAAUAGCCUACUCAUUUUUGCAUGCAGCAGAAGAUAUUCGAAAAACCUUCGAAAUCAACCCAACAUCUGGGGAAGUUAAUUUGAGAUCACGACUUGAUUUUGAACUAAUACAGUCCUACUCUGUAAAUAUCCAGGCAACAGAUGGUGGAGGUCUUUCAGCAAAAUGCACCCUUUUAGUUAAAGUAUUAGAUAUAAAUGACAAUGCACCGGAAGUGAUCAUAUCAUCAGCUACAAAGACAAUUCCAGAGAAUGCACCAGAGACUCUAGUCGCUCUUUUUAGUGUCCGAGAUCAAGAUGCGGGGGACAACGGAAAAAUUAUUUGCUCUAUUCAAGAUGACCUCCCGUUCAUCCUGAAACCCACCUUCAAGAACUUUUUUACCCUAGUUUCUGAAAAGGCUUUGGAUAGAGAGAGCAGAGCUGAGUACAACAUCACCAUCACACUCUCUGACUUGGGCACACCCAGGUUGAUAACAGAAGUCAAUAUAACAGUACUGGUCUCUGAUACUAACGACAAUGCCCCCGCCUUCAGCCAAGCCUCCUACACCAUGUACGUCCCCGAGAACAACAGCCCCGCCCUGCACAUAGGCACAGUCAGAGCCACAGACUCAGACUCAGGCGCCAACGCCCAGCUCACCUACUCGCUGCUGCCGCCCCACGACCCGCACCUGGCCCUCGCCUCGCUGGUGUCCAUCAACGCCGACAACGGGCAGCUGUUCGCCCUCAGGGCGCUGGACUACGAGGCCCUGCAGGCCUUCGAGUUCCGCGUGGGCGCCGCAGACCGAGGCUCGCCCGCGCUCAGCAGCCAGGCGCUGGUGCGCGUGCUGGUGCUGGACGCCAACGACAACGCGCCCUUCGUGCUCUACCCGCUGCAGAACGCCUCUGCGCCCUGCACCGAGCUGCUGCCCAGGGCGGCCGAGCCGGGCUACCUGCUCACCAAGGUGGUGGCGGUCGACCGCGACUCGGGCCAGAACGCCUGGCUGUCGUUCCAGCUGCUCAAGGCCACCGAGCCAGGCCUGUUCGGAGUCUGGCCGCACAAUGGCGAGGUGCGCACCGCCAGGCUGCUGAGCGAGCGCGACGCGCCCAGGCACAGGCUGCUGCUGCUGGUCAAGGACAAUGGCGAGCCGCCGCAGUCGGCCAGCGUCACGCUGCACGUGCUGCUGGUGGAUGGCUUCUCGCAGCCCUACCUGCCGCCGCCCGAAGUGGCGCGCCAGCCCGCGCAGCCCGACGCGCUCACGCUCUACCUGGUCAUCGCCUUGGCCUCGGUGUCUUCGCUCUUCCUCUUCUCGCUGCUGCUCUUCGUGGCCCUCAGGCUGUGCAGGAGGACCAGGCCGGCCUCUCUGCCUGGCGGCUCUGUGCCUGAGGGCCGCUUUCCUGGACAUCUGCUGGACGUCAGUGGGGCGGGGACCCUGUCCCACAGCUACCAGUAUGAGGUGUGUCUGGCGGGAGACAGUGGGACAGAUGAGUUCAAAUUCCUGAAGCCCAUCAUCCCCAAUCUUCAAAUCCGUGACUCUGCUUCCAAUAUGCAGGAAAAGGAGAACUUUAGGAAUAGCCUUGGAUUUAACAUUCAAUAAAGCUAUUUCCUUUAGAAUUUUAAUAUUGUCCUGCUUUUGAGAAAUGGUGGAUUUUUUAAAUCUGUAAUGGGCUUUAUGGUUUGCUCCAGUUGCAUGCGUUUUCAUUUCUCUUGAUUUUCUCAGUUACUCUAAGCUAUGUCAUGGCUAUCAUGAUGCAAAGACACAAUCUGCACUUUAGGUGUCCUUAUUUUGUAAAGUGUUACCUUAGUGUAUCUUAGUGUAUCUGCUGUUUUUUGUGAUAAUAGCAAGACAAAGUAAUUGUUUGGGAAUGCUGAUUAAAGUAUUCAGAGCCUAUGUCUUGAGGUUGGAUUCUAUUUAAUAGAGUACUAGAGCCCAGCUAGAGGCCUUGGAGUGGGGGGAUCCCAAGAAACACAAAAGAAAAAGAGGGGGUUGAGGGAAUAAGAACAAGCAAAUGUUAUCAUGUAAGCUACUGCUAUAUGCCAUCAAAAGAGACAAAGCAAAAGUUUUU